UAUUUUGGCCAACUGGGUAAAAUAAGACGUUUCAGAAGAGCUCCUUUAAGAAUUCCUGGUCCAUCAGUACAGGAACAAGUCCUCGAUCAUGUGCAACAAGAUAGUUCACAUGAAUAUCGAUUGGUGAAGGAACGAAAACCUCGUUCUGCUCCAACAAGAACGAAACGUUCUGGUCGCGAUCCUGCUGGUAGUGGUCGCGUGAAUCGUGGAACGAUUAUUGAAAUUCAUUUUGAAGUGUUGGACGAAUGUCAAAAAGGGGACACACAAUUGAACCAGAAGGAUUUUCUGGAACUUUUGGUUCGUGAGUUCAUGGGAUCCGAAUUAAUGGGAGAAGAACAGGUUCCUAAGGAACUUGUUCCUAUGGAAGGGGUUCCUAUGGAAAAUGUUCCAAUGGAACGUGUUCCAAGUUUAGUUUCCGGGUUUAUGGUUUAA